UGUUUAUAGGGAGAAAUGAGUUGCACAAUUGAGAAAGUCUUGGCUGAUGCUAAAGCCUUGGUGGAGAGACUACGCAAACACGAUGGCGAAGCUGAAUCACUAAUUGAACAAACUACCGUGCUGAACAAACGUGUUGAAGCAAUGCAGCAGGUGUGUACUUACACAAGGGGAGCAAUGCUGCUUGCACUAUGGUAAUCUUCCAUAGAAGCUAAAGUUGGUUUGGUGACUAUAGUCACCAAAAACUAUAGAUCUAUUUUACUCCAAUUUAAGAUUGGCACGUUUAAAGGAAGGUGAGGCCCACUGAGAAGGUAUGUACAUGGAAUGAAGUAAGCUGAUCUGGAAUCCCUAGAUGUUGUCACAGCCCGGCUGCUUUUUCACCUCUGGUUUGCCGUUCAGUUCUCAGUUCACAUUUGUGUGUGCGUUCCCCCUCCCUCCCCAAGCUAGGGCUUGUUUUUAUAAUGUUGUUUUAGGUUUUACAGUCUGGCAGAACUGACCCAGUUAUUUUUAUGAAGGAUUCUCUAAGCCACUAAAUUUACAGUUGCCAGAAUGCUUUAAGUCUUGGUUUAUGGCUAUAUUCUCAAAUCAAUACUAUUAUAAAUCAUUCUGUAUAUGCAACAGUUUAACCUCAAAGUUGGUCCCCCUGUGCCCAACACUAGUGCCCCCUCAUUUCCUUCCCCUCCCCCCCAGCCGCUGCAGUGUGAGUGAUUUCCAGUGAUGUCACCAGCUAAUGUUUCCACUCUGAUUUUUAUUCAGCACAAUUGGGUAUUUAAUGAAUAAACCCCAGAGAGAUGCCAUAAUCUUCUUUGAAUUAAAUGUGUUUUCAUGGAUAAAAACAGAUCCUGUCAGACAUAUUAUGAUAGAAAACAUAAACAAAAUGGCAGAAGUGUAUAAUUAAUUUGGUGCUUUCUCAGCCUUUUCUCUCACGAGUCCGUGUCAGCUGCGUGCUGUGUACAGAUUAUAGAGUGAAUGGGAGCUUGUCAGAGCCCACGUUUGGAAUAAUGUUUCAAUUCUAAUUAUUUAUAGUAUCAAGAGGAGAUUCAAGAGCUGAAUGAGGUAGCCAGACACAGACCUCGGUCUACAUUAGUCUUGGGGAUCCAGCAAGAGAACCGGCAAAUCAGAGAACUGCAACAAGAGAAUAAAGGUAAAUGGUCUUCCUUGGGUCACAUCUGAUACUGCAACAAGCAGUUGCUGUCUAGUGUUACAUUAAAGAUUUUUAUUUAUUUAUAAAAUAUUUUACCAGGAAAGAUACAUUGCGAUUUCUCUCAUUUUCAAGUAUGUCCUGGGUCUAAAACACAUUGCAUUGUUACAAUAGGGUACAAUAAAAUACAAAAACAUUAUUAAAGGAACACUAUAGGGUCAGGAACACAAACAUGUAUUGUCGUUCUUGUGGCGAAAUUUGUCCCAUAGGAAUGAAUGGCAAAGCUAGAGUGGGAGCUGGCAAAAGCUGAAAAAUCAGGACAUGAUUUCUAAACUGCCACCACUCCCUUAUUUUCAGGCCCACCUACACAAAUCUUAUAUCAAAACGUUCAGCUAUCCCUGCUGCCACUAAACAUGUCAACGGCUAAGCCAUAGUCCUGAUAGUUUUCACAAUAUAAUUAUUUGUUUGCAACUAACGCCGUCCAUUGACUUUCAUUGAAACUUCACUCUGCAAAGCUCAAAUUUGAAGUGCAAUUUCUAAACUGCGACUGUGCCUUCAAUUUUAAUACUUCAGAGACAUACUAUGCAUCAAAAUGUAGGUCUGGGUCUUGUGAUUCUCACAAUAUAAAGCUCUUCACUGUAGGAGUUAUAGUUUUUAAAAUACGACCGUUUGAAGAUGGCAACCGCCAAAAUACUCUGACCUGUGUCAAGCUGCAGCAGCAAGUGAUGUCAUAGUCAGGGCCUUUUGAACACCUGCUAAUGUUUUUAUAAAUGUAUGGUUUAAUGUAACUGUGCAACAACGUUGCAAUUAAAUGUGCUAUAUAAAUGAUAACAGUUACUCCGCCCACUCCAGUUGUAGACUACUGGUGGAGGCAAGAACACUUCACACAAUUUCCCCAGAAAUUGUAGCUUUUCUAGUUAUUAUUAUUAUUAUUAUAGCAAAAUUUGCCACCCUAACUCCUCCCACAGUUUUUACACUACAUAGACAAAAAUUUACCAAAACGUGCAGAUUGUUCCCGAUCGGAUUGCUAUUACUUUGUGGAACGUUUCGCCGAAUGGUUCACGGAAUAUCGUCGUUCUUGUGGCGCAAUUUGUCCCAUAGGAAUGAAUGGCAAAGCUAGAGUGGGAGCUGGCAAAAGCUGAAAAAUCAGGACAUGAUUUCUAAACUGCCACCACUCCCUUAUUUUCAGGCCCACCUACACAAAUCUUAUAUCAAAACGUUCAGCUAUCCCUGCUGCCACUAAACAUGUCAACGGCUAAGCCGUAGUCCUGAUAGUUUUCACAAUAUGACCAUUUGUUUGCAACCAACGCCGUCCAUUGACAUUCAUUGAAACUUCACUCUGCAAAGCUCAAAUUUGAAGUGCAAUUUCUAAACUGCGACUGUGCCUUCAUUUUUAAUACUUCAUAGACAUACUAUGCAUCAAAUGUAGGUCUGGGUCUUGUGAUUCUCACAAUAUAAAGCUCUUAGCUGUAGGAUUAUAGUUUUUAAAAUACGACCGUUUGAAGAUGGCAACCGCCAAAAUACUCUGACCUGUGUCAGGCUGCAGCAGCAAGUGAUGUCAUAGACAGGGCCUUUUGAACACCUGCUAAUGUUUUUAUAAAUGUAUGGUUUAAUGUAACUGUGCAACAACGUUGCAAUUAAAUGUGCUAUAUAAAUGAUAAGUUACUCCGCCCACUCCAGUUGUAGACUACUGGUGGAGGCAGAACACUUCACACAAUUUCCCCAGAAAUUGUAGCUUUUCUAGUUAUAAAUAAAGUGACAAGGGAGAGAGUGUAAUCAUUAUAAAUAAAGUGACAAGGGAGAGAGUGUAAUCAUUAUAAAUAAAGUGACAAGGGAGAGAGUGUAAUCAUUAUAAAUAAAGUGACAAGGGAGGGAGUGUAAUCAUUAUAAAUAAAGUGACAUGGGAGGGAGUGCCAUUUCCUAAUGUUUUCCAGAGUUGCGUACGUCUCUUGAAGAACACCAGUCUGCUCUGGAACUCAUCAUGAGCAAGUACCGGGAGCAGAUGUUUUGCCUGUUGAUGGCCAGCAAAAAGGACGAUCCCGGCAUUGUUAUGAAGCUGAAAGAGCAGCAUUCGAAGGUGAAUGGACUGUUUGUUUGACGUGAACAAGGCUUGGCCUAGUAAUUUGUCUCGUACUGAAUUUUGUUGAUUAGAACUUCCAAAGAGAAUACAUCUCCCCAUUCCAGAAAUUGCAGAGAUGUAUGUGCAUUGCUGGGAUUGAAAGAAAGAGUGGAGCAGUCACCAUGGUAACAAGUGCAAUGUUCCUGCUGAUUUGUCCAUUUAGCUUUUCAUUCCCACCAAUCAGAAGAAAAAAAAAUCCGAUUAAAAAAGGAACAUGCAGUUCAGAUAUAGUGGGGGGUGUUAAGGGCAGGGUUCAAAAACCUGUUUCAAUUUAAUAAAGUGUGAAUAUUCUGCCUGGGCUUAUAACGCAAAAUAAAAGUGGUGUGAGACAAUGGCAGAAAGUAGAAUGCGUUUCUAGCGCAAAAAGACAGUUGAAUUAAUCAUGCCAGGAAAAAGAAAAUGAUUGAACAACUUUUUGAUAAAUGUCUUCAUGGUUUUAUUUUUCCGUGUAUCUGUAUGCUCUUGGUCUAUUCUGCCUGCCAGACGCAGUGGGCGGAGAUUAUAACAAUUGACAGGGAGCUAUUAUGGAGGCGCACGCUUUCAGCAUUAAUGUGUGAAUUUUAUAUAAAUAUAAUUUUAUAUUUUACACCUUAUAAAUAUUAAUUACAGGGAUAAGUAAACAUUUAAAACUCUAUUAAAGAUUACAUUUACAUUAUUGAUCUACUUUAACCUUGUUUUUCACUGAAUUUAAUCCUGCAGGCAGUAAACAUAUUUGGGUAAUAUAAAGCUUUUCAUGAGUUUUGCAAUCAGUGUUUAUUCCACAAUCUGUUUCACGAUUUCCAUCAGGAUUUACAGACCCAUGUGGAGAAAAUCCAUGAGAUGACGGCAGUUAUUAAGUGCGCCAUAGAAAUUGAUAAUCAGGAAGGGAACAUGGAAUAUGAUCGAAUUCUAAAACUGGAGGUGAGGAAGCACACAGUUUGCUGCCGAAAACACAAACACACUGCGUCGGGGAAAGAAAAACUGAAAUGUUUGUUUCUCCUCCUUUUUUAAGCUGAGUGACAGGUGUAAAGGACUGAACUUAUAAUAAUGAUUGUCAUGGUGGUGAUCUCUGCAUUCUAGCAUCCUUAUCCUGGUAUAUUGUGAAUACAUUUGGUAAUUUCUCCCCCCAUCAUUGUUGUAUAUCUCAAGGCUGAGAAUUCCUGUGUUGGUUUACCAGAGGCCUUCCCCCAGCAUCAGACCACCAUUAUUGGCUGUCUGGACAAUAUUCAGAGCUGCAGACGGCCUCUUACUUAGGAUUGUGGUUCCCUGACACGAGUCAGUCCAACAACAGUUACUGAUUGGCCCCUGUGUGGUCUGAUCACGUUGGGAGCUGUCAAUCACAUGGUAAAUGACAAAUGUGUAAAAAUCUGAGAAAGGCCCACGUGGGGGUAUUGCUGUAGUCAGCGGCAGCUUCAGAAAUUAAAGCUGGGGUCUGCAAAGUAUAUGGACACACUCAAGCUAUGAAAUUAUAUGUCGAAAAGAAAAAACUAUGAAUGAGAAACACAAAUCGUGAGGUUUUGUGACAAAAAUUUUUUAAAUGAAACCGUCACUGAUCGGGCUAAAUACUCAGGAUAAUCUGCUUUAUUCAUAGAUAUAUCAUUGUGUAGUGGUUUGGGAUCUUGUGACUGUUAUUGCCUAAAUAAACUACAUUUAGCAACCGUUUUGUUUUUAAAUAACAAUAUUCACCCUUUGCAACGUUUGUCUUUUAAUGGAUGAACAAUAAUGAAGUAUUGGAAGUAGAAGUAAUGUUUUUUACCAUUUACUAUUUGAAUCAUACUUAUUGGGUAUUAUAAGAACACAGUUCUGCUCCUUAAAAUAUGAUCUGUGGUAGGUGUGGGUACUUUGGAAGAGAGUGCAUUUCAAUUACAGUGGAACAAAGACUUAGAGGUGCCAGAAGACUUUUACAAAAGGGUUAGUUUUAUUUUUCUUACCUCACAAACACACACAUUUGUUAAAUAUAGGGGGAUAAGUAAACAAAACAAAUCCAGGGAAGUAAUGGUUGCCUUUUUACGGUGUCAGUACUGGGGCACUGAUGUGAUAGUUUAGUGCAUUUUAGAGGGGAGGCUGCAUGUAAAAACUGCUGAGAGCUAUCACAGGAGGCAUUCCCCAAACUGCAGUAUCCAUUUCUACCACUAGAUGGCAAGAACUGACAUUAGCAGUAUGUAUCCUUUGACCAGGGGUGCCCGAAAUGUAGAUACCUAGAAGUUGUAGAACUACAGCUUCCAUGAUGCUUUGUCAUUCUAAAGCCCUGCAAAGCAUUGUGGGAGCUGUAGUUCUACAACAUCGGGGAAGCUACCUUUUGGGCACCUCUGCCUUAAACAAACUCACAUUACUGUAAAGGUUGUGAUUUCACUUGUCCGAGAUCUGAGGAUUGUCUUUUUCAUUACAGCAAGAAAAUAAGGGAUUACGGGAAAUCCUUCAGAUAACUCGAGAAUCCUUUCUAAAUCUACGAAAAGACAACCCGGAAACCACAUCAGUGGCUGUUGUAAUCCCAGGGACUGACCUGAGUUUACGGAAAAGCUGAAGCUGUUUUGUGCACUCUGGGCCUCAGACUGUGUGGAAACUGUUAUGAUGGGCAUCAGCAAAUCAAUGUGACUGCACCCCUUUAUUUAAACAGGAUACGGUACAUGGACUUACAUCCCCAGUUUAAGAAGGUGCAUUAUAUCUGCCAAUCAUUGCAUAGAUAACUGAAUAUUUUAUUCCCCACAAAGCGUGAAUUCUAAAAGUACUAUUUUUUUAAGAAAUAUCUGAAUAUUUUAUAAAACAUGCAAAGGACUGUCAGAUUCUAUUCAGGCUGUUAAUUCAUUACAUUCCUUUAAGUAUUUCUGCAGGUGUAAUCUGUUCUUUUUGGUGUGAUUGUGAUCAGUCCGUGCUGGUAUAAAGCGAGCUUACACUGGCCAGUGACAUCCUUUGAUCGUUACCUCAAUAAAAUUGAUGGCGUUUGUGAAUACAUACUAACCAAGUGAUGUCUCAAAUUUUUUUGUGAAGAAUUGCAUUACAUCAAUGCUUUUACUUCUGUAGCAUCACAUAGGUCUCAGCUUCAUCCUGUGGUAGGAGGCUACAUUCCCCGCAACCUCCUACCCUCCUGUGCUCGGGGAUCAAAGAGGUUUUCUUACACUAGGUAAAGAAAAGGUCAUUCCUCCCUACUGUGCUAGAUGCUAUAAAGUCUUAGGGCCCUAAUAGAGUAUGUUAAUGUAAGGUGACACUAGUCUAUGCCAGGAAACAGUAUGUGGUUUUGUAGCAUUAAUAAGAAUGAGUCAAUCAGCAGACAUUGCUUUAUGAACCGUUUAACCACACUGAAAGGCGUUUUAAUAAUAAGUGAGUUUAAACAAUGUUUUUAGGUCACAUAGUGGAGUGAAUAUGUUGCACAUGUGACAAGCAGUGUUUCACUUUCCACCUUGUGUUUGUGGUUAGGCCUCUAAAGAAAGGUGUGAAAUGUACUCGGUUUACAGAUACUGAAAUCACAAUCCUAACUAAGCAGAACUCUGUUACUGCCUCUCUAAACCCUGAGAACCCGUCUGUCCAUCACGGUAAUCUACUGACAAUAUUACGGUGGCCAUACAACAUUUCUGCAAUUUUUUAUUCAAUCUCUUACACGCUGCCAUUGCUUUGUUAAUUCACAGUGGUUUUUCUGAAGAAAACAAAAAAAAAAAAUUCGAACAGGGACCAAUGCACAGAAUUGCUCACUAGACAGUUUUCUUUUUUACAAAGGUUAGAAUAGAACAAUUUCCUCCCAGUGCAUGUUUCUGCUUUUUCAUGUUACAUUUUAUACAAAGCAUGUUUGUUGUGUGAUACAGAGACUUAUAAACACUGUACAAUUAUUACAUGUUACUCAUAACAGGUCUCUUCUCAAUGACUGGAGCCCUGAGAGAAAGUGGACAUUCGCUGCCAAUUAGGGAAACUAACAGAAAUUUGACAGUAGUGUCAUUAAUGCAGCUUUUAUCUUAUCAUGAGGCCUAGACUGUAGCUUCAUGUUUUGGAAUGUGAUUUAUUUUAUUUUUUUGUUGUAAACAGGGAAGUCCAACCUUGGUUCUCCUCUUGUUAACAGGAUAAAGUGUCUCGUCGGCUUAUAAAGAAUUCUGGGAUAAUGUAGUUGGGGGGGGGAGGUUGAACAGGCCUGAUGCUUUACCCAUGGCAUAGUUAGUACAGGACCCAUUACGAAGAUAAUACUGACACAUUGUACAGAUUAGAAAGUAGUCUGUAAAUAUCCUGAGAAUUAUUUUUAAAGAAUAUCUGAAAUAAAAUAUUAACUCUGAGCACCAGGGUGCAAACUAGCUAACAGCCGGAGCCAUUAGUCCUCACAACAAUUCAUGCUGCCCAUAUAGCUCACAACAAGGUAUAAAGAAAGGAAACGCAGUGUAGGACUAGUAGUAAGCAACAAAUACAACAAUUCUGUGGGACAAAUCAUUCAAAAGAAGCCAUUCAUAGCCUUGUACACAGGGACAAUUCAAUGUGUUCACCACGCCCACUUUAUGACCGGAUCUCUUGUGCCGGUAAUCUGCAUUUCGUGUCUUGUCAGGGGAGGCAGAUAAUGUCCACAUCAUAUCUGGGAAGAAUCAACACAUUUAUAUCACUGGUAGGGGAUAGAGACUUUUUGGCAAGUUUACUGAAUGGCUGGUUAUUUUACUAUCUUACAGUUUUUAUUACACAGUAAGUGGGGAGUUCUGAAUUCCACGUGUGCGCCCUACUCCGCUGGGAAGUAACUCCAGGUAAAGACUGUAAUACUGACUGUGGUUACAUCAUUCUGUACACCUUGCAGGCGAGAGCUUAGGUUUCUUUAUAUCUGCGUCACAGUACAGGCUGAUCUACAGGAUAACUCACCCGCCAUCACAAGACCAAAACCUUUUCCAAGUGUGCCCCACUGCUGCCCUCAAAGCUCCCUGCCCUCUUUCUGUUAGAUACAAUGGACUCCAAUGGCACCACACUUGGUUAGAGAAGUAAUGGAGUUAUCUCUCCGAUAGGUUGCGGCCGGCGGAACAUGUCCCUAAACUUAGCCAGUCUGAGCAGCAUCCGUUCUUUGAGGGGUGGCAUAUGGUGACUUGGGUCCAAAACAUUGGUUUUCCGUCUCUCUCUGUCUCGUUUCCAUAUUAGAUAUGGGGAUGGUGGGAACGAGGGACGCCCUCUCUCUCUGAGAACCUGGGUGGUAAUGGCAGCCAUAAUCAGCACAACCCAUAAUGCGAUAAUGAUGAAAUCUGCAAGUAAAUUUAAACAGUCAAUAUUUUUUUGUGCAAAUCAAUGGCAAGUCCUUUUUGGA